AUGCUGAACACCCACAAACAGUUGGUCAGGACCCCAUCAGAGAGACCAGGGCAGGACCUCCAGCUCCAGGAUUCAGGGACUGUCAAGGGGCUGCUCGAACUCCUGUCAGACACCCCCCAGGCUGAGCAGGAGGCUGCUCAGAGCUCAGCCUCCUCUUCUGUCUUCCCCCAGGGAUGCCUUGGGGGUGGUGAUGGCAUACUUCAGGGCCAGCGGCAGAGGUCUCAGAGUGCAGGACAGAUGGCAAAGAAGGACCGGACGCCCAGGGCCCGGAACAAGAAAGGGCGUGGCUCUGCCGAGACUGAGGACCUCUUUCCUUCUUCUGCUCGGAAACCCUCCUUCCCCUUCCAGUGGGCCUGGGAGAGCUUCACCACAGAGGGCCGGGCUCCGCUUCAGCUUGGCGCCCCCCUGGCUCCUGGCCACAAAGCCCUGCCCUUGCCCCCAGCGGACCCCCAGCACAAGUCCAGGCGUAAGUCCUCAAGCAAACUCCUCGAGGCCCAUGGCUUCUGCUGGAAGACGAGGGUGCCAAACCUGGAGAGGAGACAGCAGCUCAGGGCCUGUGGCUGCAUCUCUGCCUCUUCCGGCCAAGGGGAGGGCCAAGAGCUGGAGCUUCCCAGUGAGUGUAGCCUCUGGCCACCUGGGAAGAGGUCAGAGUCUGGGUCAGAAUCCGAGGAAGCUGAAGCUGCUGAGCUGGAAGCUCUGAGUGCUGAGGAGGCCGAGAGGGGUCUGAGCCCUGGGGAGCUGCCCCAGCUCCCCAGGAGGAGGUCGAUCUUGGAGGAGGAACGGUUUGCAGAGGUGACAGAGGAGGCUGAGGAGGGGGUGUACAGGGUCCCCCACAGAAAGAGGGCAGGUUCUCGGAGAAAGGGGCGGAUUUCCAGUGAGGAGGCCUCCGAUGAAGGUGAACCGCAGUGCCAAGGGACGGCGAGGGCCAGAGAGCUGGAGGGGCCGUGGGACCUGGGGAAACUGAGGAGGCAGUUACAGCGAGACUUGAACUGUGGCCCCAAAAAACAUCCCUGGAAGACUUUGCGGGCUGCUGUCCAGGCCUCCAACCAGAGUGGGAAAAUGGAUGCCUUGGGAGACGAUGAGACUCUAUUGUUUGCCAACUUCCCUAACCGUACCUUCCACAAGCGACAGGAGGCCACCAGAAGCCUGCUGUUGGCCUGGGAGCGGCAGCAGCAGGAGGAGCGGCAGCAGGCUGAGCUGCGGAGGGCCCGGGAGCAGCGGGUACAGCAGCAGGUGGCUCGCUGCCUGGCAGCCUACGCACCAAGAGGGAGUCGGGGGUCAGGGACCGCCCAGCGCAAGCUGGAGGAGCUGAGGCGCAAGGAGCGACAGCGCUUUGCUGAGUACCAGGCAGAGUUGCAGGGCAUCCAACACAGGGUGCAGGCCCGGCCCUACCUGUUCCAGCAGGCCAUGCAGGCCAAUGCCCGGCUCACGGUGACCCGGCGUUUCUCCCAGGUGCUGUCGGCACUGGGUCUGAAUGAAGAGCAGCUGCUGGCUGAGGCAGAAAUGAGGAACACAGAGGGCACCUCCAGGAAAUCCAGGAGCCACAAGUCAGUGGGAGAGAGAAUGGAGCACUCUUCUCAGAACCUCCCGAGGACAGAACCCACCAGCAGCCAGCCUGACAGGCACUCCGCCCCAAGCCCAGAAUGAGAACCCAGUCGCUUAGAUAACAAGUAAAGGCUUUAUGUAAAAUACAGUGUGGGAUUUCUGGUGGUGGUGGGAAGCAGCUGUGGGGAGGCAGCAGGCUGUUUGUUCCCACAUAUCCAAGGAGUUCUGAGUCCUAGAAAUUCAAGAGUAGGACAGAAUGACCUUUGCCCUUGAGUCCGGUGGGGGAGGCGGACCUUUAAAGGGGCGUAUAUGUCACACUGUAACAGAGGGGCCACCAGAUGGAGCAGCUGGGGCUGGAGAGUCUGGAGGGAUUGUGUGAACUGGGCUUUUAAAUGACUUCAAGUUAGAGCCCCUCGCUUAAAGGAAAAAUAAGCUCGCACACACAGAUGUACCGAAGUUUGCACUUAAUUUCAGAAGGUUCACAGACACACAGAGGCUCGGCUGGAGCUUCUCAGCAGUUCAGAGCACAGGUUAAA